AUGGCAAAAAGCACCAAGACCAAAGUACAAAAUUUAUCAUCAUCGACAACGAAUUUUCUCCGAUCUUCUGCAUGGUCAAUAGAUUCAUCAUCGACGACAUCUAUACCAGUUUAUUCCACCGAAAAUAAAGCCACGACAAAAGAUGAUGAUGAUGAUGAUAGCACGAAUACUACAUUAUCAACAACCAAUGUCAAUACGACUACUACAUCAAUAACAACAACUACGGUUAGUACGACUACUACAUCAGCAACGACAACUACAGUUAGUACGACUACUACAUCAAUAACAACAACUACGGUUAGUACGACUACUACAUCAGCAACAACAACUGUCAGUACUAGUACUUCAAGUGAGUGA